AUGUCCCGUGAUGUCCGUGUGGAUCGGAACAUCCCGCCCGAAUUCAGGAGUCGCGUCGCGCCUUCCUCGUACAGACGAGAGGACUUUACUGACUGUGCCUACUAUGCGUCUAUCAUCAAGCGCAAGGCCGGAGAACGGUGCGCGAUCCGACAGGCUGUGGUCGUUGUACCAUACGACGAGGACGACAAGAUGCAGACAGGUUUACGCCAGCGUGUGCCUUUCACCUUCAAGCCUGAAGAUGACGAUAACGACAAUACUGUUCUCGACGAUGAACAGCAAGAAGAGAUUCUGAAGACGCUUCGAGCUGCGACUGCUGUGAUGAAUGAGCAGAGCCGACUGUUGGUUUGGGUUGUUGUUGGGCUAUCUGCGCUGCUACAAAUUGUGGUUCUAUUCAAGGCCUCACCGUCACCACUUCUAUUCCUCUUCCCAAAUCCCAAGGCGGGCCAUAUACCCUUCUCCAUUCCUCUAACGCUCCUCUACAUCGCCAUCCACGCCAAUCUCCUCGUGCUCAGCGACAUCCCCAACGGGAUACUCCAAUCUUCACAAGCACUUCCACUCAAAUUCCUUUACCCAGUAGCAGCCAUCGCGCCUUCUCUAUCCAUCUACUUGCGAAACCCAUGGCAGGUGUCGAUUUGGUGGUGCACGACAUUCACCAUGGUCUACCUUACCCAGUUUAUUCUGGAUACGAUUGAAGACCAGAAUUACCAAGUUGCACAGUUGGAGGGUUUGCGGUAUCGAGCACCAGGAGCGUAG